CACAGAAGAUCAGCUCAGUGUGUGUGUGUGUGUGCCACUGACAGUUGAAAGAUGGGGGACCUCCAGUCCUUGCGUGUCUUCAUUAACUGUUUGGAUCAACAGUCUUUACCCCGCAUACUACAGAUCUGCUCUGGGGUCUAUUUUCAGGGAUCAGUAUAUGAGCUUUCAGGAAGUGAAGUGUGUUUAUCUACUGGAGACCUGGUGAAGAUCAUUGGUUUAGAGCUCCUGUCUGUAUCUUGUGAGGAGAUUGACACAGGAACAUCAUUUGAAUUGCCUAUUCAACAUUCAGGUCAGUUCCGUCUCAUCGCGGAGGAUCUGCCAUACAACACAAUAGAGGAAAUUGUGGGUUUGUGUCCUGUAGGUGUGGAUGCCUUUGGCUCUUUCACUUUCAUUAGCAGCAGUGAGCUGACUGUGGACAAUUUCACGCUACCUGCUGGAAAGCAGUUGACCCUGCUGUCAGUGGAGCUUGAUGAAGAUGGGGAAAGACGAGCACGGUGUCAGCUGGUUGGGCAGAAUGUGGCCUCUGCAGAGUUACUCCUUCCCUUAUCCCUCAAGGGGGAUUUUUAUGAGUGUGAAGGAGACCGUAGUUACUCUCUACAGGAAAUUACAUCAUCUGUCAGGCUGAGUAGCCGUCGCUUCCGCAGCACAAAUGUGAAGAACAGUGGUGGCCCAUUGAUUUUCAGCCCAGUUUAUGAAAUUAAAGCCAUUAUGCAAAUGAGGAAGGACGUAGUCAAGUUCCCCUCCAGCCUGGAAGUGGAUGUCCAGGAUGUGACCGAACAGUUCCAGAAUUUUGUGUUCAUAACUCCUCUAUCAAUGGCUGAGGUUGCAAGUCAGCCAAAGGAGUCUUUCCCCACUAUGGCAGAGAUCCUGGACGGGCCAGAGGGUAAUCAGUUUUUUAAUUGCAGCUGGUUCCAAGAACUGCAAAAAGGCAGGCAUCUAGUGUUGCAUGGGUGGGGUGACACACCAAUGGUAUUAGCCUCAACUCCAAAGGGGAGGAAGGGAAAACAGUACUUCCUAAUCUCACAGAGAUAUGGUGGACAAAUGAGAAGGAGGGCCAGGGAAUUUCGAUCCGUCUAUGAGCUGUUCUUGGCAUCCUCUCAGUCUCCGGGAUUGAAGGUAAGUGUGUCGCAGGACUGUGAAGAGGCAGAGGAAGAGGGAAUACCUGCCCUCAGUGUUGGUGAGCAUCUUGAGGUUCUUGGGAUGGCAUCGGUGGACAGGCACAAGGACGAAUCUGGAGCUGCUCAGAAAGUAGAGAGUCUAAUUUGCAAACGGACUAUUGAGGUGGAGGAUGAGGAUGAUGAAGAUGAUGAGGAUAAUAGUGAAGAACUUGCUCUGCCACUGUUCAUGGCAGGCCACUUUGUGGAAAAGCUUUCAGAUAACAAGAAGUACAGUUUAACAGACUUGAUGAACAGCUCGUUGCCUCUUGAUAUCAAAGUGGUGACUCGAGAUAAAGAACUAGAGAAAGAUCCCCUGAUGGGGUUGCCAGCGCUUAAGCUUGAGGAAACUUUCAAGGAGACCACGGUGUUGACCAGCCUACCCAGUAAACCAGAUUUGUGCUUUGAGUUGCCAGUACACUGGUUACAAAUGUCUCUCUGUUUUACCUCCGAUCAUCUGCCUUGGUCCAUUGGUGAGCCCCCCAAACUUCAUGUAGAGACAGUCACUGAGGUAUCAGAGAACUUCUACUACGAAUAUCACAAACUUACAAGCAAAGCUGAGGAACCUCCUCCUCGUCCACCGAAGAGGAAGCCAUCUGCUUCAGAAGCACCUAAAAAGUCUCCCAAGUCUAGACCUUCUAUAUCAUUACCAAACCUAGCCAGCACAAUGACCCAACAACUUGAGGAUCUCUCGCUGGGCCAAACAAAGGCGAAACGCCCCCCUGCUCUGCUUCCUCCUGACAAUUCUCUAGUGCAGCCCCCUCCACUGUUUCCUAGAAAAAGCUCAUCAAUAGCAGAGAGCACCAGUCAGCCUAAUAUGUACGUGACAAGCCCCUCAAUGGCACAAAAAUCAGCAAGGAGACUCUCCGAUCAGGAUCAUGACUACGAGUCCAUUGAUGAAACGUUAAAAAACACCCAUGAUAGCAUCAUGCACUAUUAGAUCAAGGACAAUCUUCAAGCAAUGCAGAAGAAACCCCAGAUAUUAAAGGAGAUACUGGAAACUCCAUUGUGCCCACCCCUAAAUGUCAACACCAGAAGAUGACAUGUCCUGCAGUAUGACAAGCUAUGCUCCAUCUGAAACUAUUUUAAACAGCAUUUUUGCAGAUUCUUUUAUUAUUAUUGUGCAAGCACUUUUUAUGACCUCAUAUUAAUUGAGAGACACGGAAUAGUUGAUGGAAAAAAAUUUAUGAAAAGAUGUAAAUUAAGACAUGUUAUGCAUCAUCUAGCAACAUUUUACUAAUUUAAAUGCUCCACUUGAAUCCUCAAAGUUGUCAGAAUGCAAUGCUUAACAAAUGUAACAUUUAGACCACUAAAGAAACAAAGUAUGCUUUCAUAAAACUACUGAAGAUUAUAUAUAUAUAUAUAUAUAUAUAUAUAUAUAUAUAUAUAUAUAUAUAUAUAUAUAAAUAUAUAUAUAUAUAUAUAUAUAUAAAACCUAAUAUCAACAUGGUCUGUCAAAUGCUUUUAUAUAUUCUCUCAAAACUAUUAAUAUAAAUGGGCCAGAACAGCUAACAUUUUUCAGCAGAAAUGACACUGGGCCUUAUGACAUGAAAAACAAAAUGUGUAAAUGCAUUUUUAAGUUAAUUGUCCUAGUGAAUUAACAAUGACAUAAGAGACAAUUGACAUAAGAAUCGUUUUACUAAUGAUUUACAAACAAUUUGCUCUGUUCAUGUUUCAUGAACAAGGCCCAAUGAUUUGACUAUGAACUUAAGGCUUGCAGGUUGUUGGCUCUAUGGCGAACGCUGGUAAAACAGAUCUGAAAAGACUAGACUAAUUAGACUUCAUUGUCUGUUGAUCUGAAGUGGUCCUCAUCGAUGGUGGAGAAAAUGUGUCCUUCGUUGCUGAGAAAAUCCACAAUUUGCCUGUAUAAGGAAGAAGAAAAAAACUAACAAACAUGAGAAUCACACCGCACUAAAAAAGAACAUCAGCUUGUCCACUUGCUAAAUGUGGUUAGCACCACCAACAUGAGACUUAAUUUAUCUUAAUUGGGGGUUUUGAAACUGAGCCAGAAAUAGAUUAGAUUUAAAUGUUGGCUUGGAUUGUUUUUUUUGCUUUUUUUUUUCUUUAGGAGUGACAUUUUGCAUAGAUAUGAGCUGUUGAACAUCUAGUGUUUAGAAAUGAAAAAAAUACUUUUCUCACAGAUAUUGCAACAAGAAUCACAGAUAUUCAAGACUUUAGAGGAAAAUUUUACUGUUUCAGGGGUGUUCAAUUUAAAUUCCAAGAGGUUAUGCCUGUAAAUGGCCUUUUCAAUAAAGGGUCUAAGAAAUCAUAGCUUACACUGUUUUAGAGGCAAUGAUCUUGUAUUGCUAUGAAAUUAAAAAAGCAAUGUGCGUUUCAGGAAUAUUUAUAGUAAAUUUCCAAGUUGGCAGCAAUAGUACUUUGUGAAAGUAAGAAACAUUAAAUCCUAAACACUGCUACGUUGUCAAGCAAGCAAUUCAGUAUAAAGUCAAAAUAAUAUAGUUUUAUUGAUACUUGAUUUUUUUAUACAUUUUGAAUCAACACUUUUCUCACUUUGAUGGAUUUUUUCACUGAGCUCAAUCGCAAUGCAUCCUGGGAUUGCUUUAUCUUCAAAGAAUACUUCGGAUGCUGCCUUCGAAUUUGGCCAAAAAGAGGUAUCAUAUAUAGUGCUGGGUACCUAGUUCUUAUUCAGGCCAGUUUCCAUUAAAAAAAAUAGAUCAAUAAAAUAAAUACCAAAACCGUUUGAUUUGACUUUCAGUUGUGUUAACGGUUCUCAAACGUGCAUUCUUCUGCCAAUGCAGAUGCAACACUGUGCUAAAACUCACUAUUGAUUCAGCAGUGCAACCAAUGCAGCCUGAUUCCUGAACAAAUUACUCUUAUGAAUUGGUUCAUUUGAAUCUACACUGCAAAACAUACAGCACUUCCUACCGAAUGAAUGACUUUUAUCAGCCUGUUCUUAAUAUAUAUAUAUAUAUAUAUAUAUAUAAAAAAUAAUUAAAAUAAAAACUUAAUGAACCACAAAUCUUUAAUUUCAUCAUUUCCGACAUAAAUGAACUAAAUUCAGAGUAAUUACUGGAUGGUUGUUGAUAUGACAAUGUGUAGUUAAAGAUACAACAAAUCUCAGUGUGUAAUUAGUGGUAUUUUAUAAAAAUGAAUGAAAGAACAAAAAAUAAUUGAAAAUGUGUAAACACCGUUUAUAUGUUCUGUAAACAUUAAAUGUUCUCGUAGUUUAGUAACUGCUUUGGAUUGAUGAGAUUUCCAAAUAAUUAUUUCUCAAGUACUAAAAGAACUGAGGGGUCUGGGUAGCUCAGUGAGUAUUGACACUGACUACCACUCCUGGAGUCAUGAGUUCAAAUCCAGGGCGUGCUGAGUGACUCCAGCCAGGUCUCCCAAGCAACCAAAUUGGCCUGGUUGCUAGGGAGGGUAGAUGUAAAUGUAACUAUUAAGGAAAUGGAAUCGUCAAGACGAAUCAGAAAUGGUAAAUUCCUUACGAUUCACAUUCUUAAUCAUAAUUAUGCUGCCUACCUUUUGGAACCGCCUUUGCUUUGGAAGCGCACUGAUGAUGCCUUAAAAUGCUGCCUACAUAUGCAGCUCACUUGCUUUUGAACAAAGCCACAGUGUCAGAGGCUGCUUUGCCAUGACAACCAGUGUGCAUGUCUUUUGUCUGCAGUGUAUGUUCAUGCAUAAUUAUUGUACGAAGAAUGAUUUACUGUGCUGACCGAAACAAUUUGGGGUCCCGAUCUGGACUGCGGACCACUAACUGUUGACCUCUGCAUUAUUCCAUUGCUAUUAAAUGUUGGGGAUGGCUUAAUCACCGCCUCGGAUGGCACGUGCACAGUCUGCCGCAGUCUGUUCACUUUAAUGCCUAGGGGACACUACAUGACUCAAGCUCGUCUCCUUUGAUGUUUUGAGUCGGCGACUGGUCUGCGACAAGAAGUCUCAGAUCUCACAACGAACGAUCUUAUUGUGUGCGCACUCCUGCGACAUGCUGAGACUAGUCAAAGACACUAAGACUUGAUAUCAAGACAUCUUGUUGUCAGGUGUGAGCACUGUCUCAAAGAGUGAGAGACUGUUAUGAGCCAAAACCAAUGAAAUAUAGAGAGAGCGCAAGAGAAGGGCAAGGGAUAAGGAAGCAGAAGACAAAAAAAUAAUUAGAAAAUAAAAUAAAACAUGACCCAAAUCUCCCUACCCGCAGUCUUUAUUAUUUUCAGCUGUUUUUUGUUUUUGUUUAUUUAUUUUCUCCCCUUUACUCCCCAAUUUGGAAUGCCCAAUUCCCAAUGUGAUCCAAGCCCUCGUGGUGGCAUAGUGACUCGCCUCAAUCUGGGUGGCGGAGGAUGAAUCUCAGUUGCCUCUGCUUCUGAGAGCGUCAAUCCACGCAUCUUAUCACAUGGCUUGUUGAGCGCGUUACCGCGAAGACCUAGCGCGUGUGGAGGCUUCACGCUAUUCUCCAUGGCAUCCACACACAACUCACCACGCACCCACCAAGAGCGAGAACCACAUUAUAGCGAACACUAGGAGGUUACCCCAUGUGACUCUACCCUCCCUAGCAACCGGGCCAAUUGGUUGCUUAGGAGACCUGGCUGGAGUCACUCAGCAUGCCCUGGAUUUGAACUCACGACUCCAGGGGUGGCAGUCAGCUACCCAGGCCCCAUUUUCAGCUAUUUUUAUAAAUUUUUUCCUUUGCAAAUAAUCGUAAAAUGGGAGCGAGCUGUUCUUUCAUGUUUGCUGAAAAAGGAGAGCAAGGUAUUGGUUAACAGGAGACAAAAAUAAUUAGAAAAUAAAUAAAAAAAUGACCCACAUUUCCCUACUCACAAUUUUAAUUAUUUAAUUUUUCCAUUGCAAAUGGUGCUAAUAAGAGCAAAAACGGGUGCGAGCCGUUCUUUUGUGUUUGUUGACAUGUUAUCAAGAAUAAACUGCACGAGUUUGUGAAUGAAUUUCGUAACCUUAAUUUUAAAAUGCAUUUUGGGUGGUCCAUUUGAAACAGGGCGACGCUAAAGGCAGCUACAACAGCCAGUUUUUCCACAGGUAUCGUGCAGAUUUAAAGGGAAAUAAGCGUACUAUCAGAAAAUUUCAAAAAGGGAAUGCAUGAACAUACAAAAUAGGGACACAGAUAUGAGCAGCAUGCACACUAGAAGCUCAGUUACAGGUACUGCACUAAAAUAACUCAAAAUUCUGCUUUAAAUGCCAUGCUUGCGAAUAAUUAAGAGAAACUGUGUGCUGGUUUUUAGUGCUUUCGCGUCUUUUAUUUUUUGUGCUUAUUAUCAUUCAGUAAUACACAAGUUGUAAAAAGAGAUGACCAUGUAUAACGGUGAUGUGUCUCGCUUGUACACGUGAUUGGAUCACCCAAAACGCAUUGUAUUACCAGUGUACACAUGGCCUCAGUCGGGAUGAAUGGUCAUGUAGUUGAUACACUAGUCCUGUAUUGUGCGCACCAGCAUGACGGAAAACAAGACUGAGUCGCAGAGCAUAGUGUACGCUUGGCUUAAGCUGGUGCCACACUAGCAGACUCCAAUCAACUCUAUUUUGUCCGAGGGUGUCACACAUGCAGACUGUUUUGCUGAGAUCUUGCUCUCUUUAGUAGGAGGAAUGACACACUUGCCGAUUAAAAAUGGUGGAGGGGUGACAAACAUAAAAAAACCUCAUCGCAACUCUGUCACUCAGAUUCCGUCAAAAUAAUAAUAGGAGUACCACGUGAGCAAAAACAAUUGCAACAGAGUGAUUUACGAUGUGAUUCUUGGAGUAACUUUACCUUGUGAAAGUGUGUGAUUGUGUAUUUAUCCCCUCGAGGCUUGUCUUAGAAUGCGUAUGUCCAAAUGCAACUUACAGUGAGGUAAGAAAUCACAUUCAACAAAAACAGACUCUUGUGGCUCCGCUUUCUGAUUUAAUUAGUCACUUAAAGUAGGAGAAAAGGCAGGAAAAAUGCUUGGUGACAGAAUCACUUAUGAAUUACAAUCAGUGUUUGUGGUGAUAUGCAGCCGAGUACGAUUGCAGAUGAAAAUGUUCAGAUCAACUUUUCUCAGUUCUUUGGUAAAAGAAGCUCACUGGUCACAUGACGAGAACACAAGACCCUGCCUCGGGGACAGAACAAUAUUUUUCAAGCAAGCUGGAUGUGUUUUUCAGUUUUUGAAGCCAUUAUCUCAGGAGGGAGUCCCGACAGUCAAGUGAUUAACGUCUUCCCUCUGAGAGACAUUAAUGCGCGCUUAGUCUCCCUCCGCCUGGCCGGUGAUUAUGUUAAUGAAGCUCACACCUGAAAAUCACUGGAAAAAUUGGCUUGACACACAAAACUGGGAAUACUUUCUCAUUCUGGCAAGCUAUUACACUUACUGUAGAUGGUUAAUAUCAGCAUUAUAUUCAUCGCCAGAGGGGUACUGGUUUUUCCCAAGGGUUUUUUUUCUCCAUUUACUAACACAGGGGUUGGCAACCUUUUCGACAUGGAGAGCCAUGUCUGUUUUGUUUUUUUCUCUUGUUAAUGGCCGUGCCGAUGUCUAUAACCAAAUUCUGUAUGUACAAUAUGUGUAUGAAAGUCCACUUGUGAAAAAAGCUAUUUUGCGUUUUAUUUUUAAUUUAAUAGUUUAUUUUUCAUUACAAAUUAUAUUAUCAACAUAACAGUUUGAGUGAAAAGUUUGUGCAAAACCCAAUGAUAUCUGGCAUGUGAAUUUUUCUACAGAGCAUCUUGUGACAGUGCUUUAAUGGAAGCAAGAAAAUCUCUCUUUUUGUAGAUGAGUUAAACGUUUAUGUUAAUGUUACUUAUUUGAUUAGUGAUUAAGAAAUUGUGCUGAAUCUUAAAUAUUUCUUAAUUUAUCUAUCAUUUUUCCAAAAUCACACGCGAGUAAUCACUAGCAUGCAAGCAACAGCGAGAGAGAAGCAGGCUAUUUUAUUUUAGUCCCUCACACCUGCAUGCCAACCGACAUAUUGAUGUAAUCCUUCCUCAUGAUCACGCAGUGUGUUUUCAUGAGCUGAAUGGGAGGCAAAACACUAUUAAAGUGUGACAAUACUGCGGUAUAGUCAACAGACAAGUACAGCGCGUGCAAGCCAUUCAUGCAUCACAAGCAACGCGGAUCAAUUCAGGCAGCGCUGCACUUUCAGUAAAUCGCAUGAGUAAACCAGUCUGCAAAAUCCUAAAACUUUAUCUCCAGGUUUAAAUUUAUAUUUUCAAUCAGACUCAGAUUUUUGAAUCCCACGAUGGGUGUUUAUGUCUUUCAAUCGUUUAAUCUACAGUAGUUUUGAAAGUGAUCAUCAUUUUGAUCAGGUUUAAUCUCAACGAUUGACAGUGUUGUCUUAAUUUCAUAAAGUUUUUUUUCCUAAGGAAAAAUAAACAAAUAAAACAUGAAAAUGUAGGCUGUCAUCCACUCAACCAUGCAGUGUAACUGAAGCAAAGCGAGUGCGUUUACUCGUGUGAUUCACCGAAGGUGCUGUCUGAACUGAUCUGCACUGCUGGCUUGUGAUGCGUGCAGCAUGAAUAGCUUGCACGCGCUGCCCGCGUCUGUUGACUUUAAUCAUGUUUAUCGUCCAAUUCAGCUUAUGAAAACGAUCACGAGGAAGAAUUACAUCAAGAUGUAGAUUGGAAUGCAAGUGUGAGGGACUUCAUAUAAAUAAAAUAAUCUACUCCUCUCUUGCUGUUGCUUGUGUGUAAAUGAUUACCCCUCCUGAACUAACAUCUUCUGGAGUUUUGUGUUCCUUGCCACAGCCACCUUUGCCUUGCUCACUGGGGGCCUAAAGACAAAUAAUUUUUAAGGCAUGAUUUUCAAUGAGAUUUUUCAUUUAAACUGUUUAAUGAGGACUAUAAGACAUAACAGACAUCACAGCAUAGUUUUCUGUACAGCUGCUUUGAAAUGAUGUGAAAAGCGCUAUACAAAUAAAAAUGACUCAUGAA